GUUUUAAAGAAUUUGGGGUGUUUUUUCUUAUCACACUUAUUACUGAACAGCUACUGCUUCAUCUCAUGUACAGUAGCUGUCUAAAAAGAUAACCAAGUGUAACUUGAUGCAGAAAUACAGUGCAAGGUAUUAAUAAUUAUUUGCUCCCUGACAAUUUUUUAAGCCUACCCAUUAUGGUUUUGCCUUUGAAUAAAGAGGGGCAGAAGACAAACUAAGAUCUAAGAUCAGUGGGCUGUGAGCCACUGGCCUGUGUUGUUAUUGUUUAAGGCUGUGGUCAUUGUAAAAGACUAUUUCCCAUUUUCUGGAUGAGAAAAUCCUCGUCCAGGAAUGUAUUGUACACGAUGAGCGCUUUUUUUUUUUUUUUUCGCCAAUAUUGACGAGAGUGCAUCAACCUUGAGAAAGAGUCAUGGUUGUUUAUUCUGCUACAUUUUAAUGAUAUUCUCCUGGUACUUGAACUAAACGGAUGAUAGUGGCUGUGCUCUAUAUAUUUAACUUUUUCAGUUUUUGCUUCUGUACCUUAUUCAUAGGCUGUCAAGUGCCUCACGUCUCAAAAAUAUGCACAACUGCACAAUAUUUCAUGGCCUAUACCAGAGUCACUGUGACAUAUUCUGGAAGUGAACAUCUAAAAAGCUAUUUAAAAUGUACUCUAUCAUAAAUUAGUAUGAUGAAUACAUUGCAAUGGUGCAACGUUUGGUGAUCUCGCAAAACCUGUCGACUUGUCUCUGUCCGUGGUGCUGAAGUUGGUGUUUUGACCUGCGCUCACGCUGAAGGGUUAGUGAUCGUUUAAAUGUUUUCUAUUAUGUCACUACACGAAACGGUGUUGUUUUUCUGUGUGUGCACAUUACGACUCUUUCCGGGUGGGUGAGUGGGGUUAUAUAUUUGUGAUUUGUCAUUUUAAUGUUUUUUUUUAUCCCGCUAUUAAAAACAAAUACGCCACAUUUAAUGAUGUAUUUAUCUUAACAUUUUUAACCUUACAAAUUUCACCUAUCCGCCUCUAAAGGGCGCUGUUACCUGAUAAAUUGAUUUGUUGGUGCUGACUACAUAGUGCAGCUCCCUCCUCUGUUGCUGCCAUUUGGCACAAAAGAGCUUUGCGUGUACAACGUAUCGAUCGCCUUUGAGCUGAAAUCGGAUGAAAUAAUUGCGUCUAUUUUUUUUAUAGUCAUUAAUCGAUUGCUUCAUUUGAAUACAUUUUACUUUCAUAUGGAGUGUAAAGACAUUCAUCCACGCCGAGGAGGAAAAAGGCAAGGGCCGGCCUGGCUCUUUGUCUUUUGGUGUUUUUUUCUAAAUGGAACGCAGGGGCAAAUCCGCUACUCAAUCCCAGAGGAGAUGAAAAAAGGCUCGCUCAUCGGAAAUGUGGCCCAAGAUCUCGGUUUGGAUCUGAAAAGACUCCGUACUGGGCGGGCCCGCAUCGUGACAGGGGACAACGUCCAGUACGCCGAGCUGAGGGCGGACAAAGGGCUCCUGGUUGUCCACGAGAGGAUAGAUCGAGAGCAGCUGUGUGGAGACGUGACGCCGUGCAGCUUCACCUUUGAGAUCUUAUUGGAAAGCCCCAUGGAAUUGCAUCCCGUGACCAUCGAAGUAUUGGACGUAAAUGACAAUGCUCCCACUUUCAAAAACAAUUAUUUGCGAUUUGAAAUUAGCGAGUCUGCUGUAAUUGGGUCUCGAUUUGUUUUAGAAAGUGCACAUGAUGCUGACGUGGAUGCAAAUAACGUACAAAAUUACAUUUUAACUCCGAGUGAUAAUUUCGUUUUAAAAAAACUCGCUAGUCCGGGGGGCAAAAAACAUGCAGAAAUGGUGCUUCAGAAAGCUUUAGACAGAGAAGCACAGCCGCGACUCUCCUUAAAAUUGGUGGCUGUAGAUGGUGGAAAUCCACAGAGAUCAUGUACAGUAAAUAUAGAAAUUAUAAUUUUAGAUUCGAAUGAUAAUGCUCCCGUCUUCAAUCAAACUAUUUAUAAAGCAAAAGUAUUUGAAAACGCACCAAAAGGCACACAUGUUCUAACUGUGAAUGCCACUGACGCAGAUAGUGGUUCGAAUGGAAAAAUAGCAUACUCAUUUUCAAAAUACAAUACAGAAAUAGCGGAUUUAUUUCUUAUAAAUGAGUUGACAGGAGACAUUGUUAUAGCAAAACAAAUAGAUUAUGAAAAAGAGAAAACAAUACAGUUCAUGGUGGAAGCUAAGGAUGAAGGUGGGUUUGCUGACUCUAGUAAAGUCGAACUUGAAGUAAUUGAUUUAAAUGAUAAUGUUCCAAUCAUUAAUGUAAUGUCCUUUACUAGUCCCGUGUCAGAAGAUGCCCCCGUCGGUGCCACUGUUGGUAUCAUCAAUGUAAAAGACUUGGAUUCUGGCGAAAAUAGUCACGUGAGUUGCGCGAUUGUAGGCCGCGUUCCAUUUAGAAUCAAAUCCAACGUGAGGAAUUAUUUUGCAUUGAUGACUGACGCUGAUUUAGAUCGUGAAAGGGUGCCAGAAUAUAACAUAACAAUUGUUGCGUCCGAUGCCGGCUCGCCUCCCCUUUCCACAAAAAAAACUUUUAAUUUGAAAGUGUCAGACGUGAAUGAUCACGCUCCUGUAUUUCCGGUCAGCAUUUAUAGCGCACACGUUGCAGAAAACAACUUGCCAGGUGUUUCUGUUUUAAGAGUGAUUGCCAAAGACCCAGAUGAAAAACAGAACGCUCGUGUCUCCUACAUGUUGGAGCAGAGUGAAAUCGGAGGAAGUCCAAUUAGUGAAUUUGUGUCUAUCAAUGCAGAAAGUGGAGUUAUUAGUGCAGUUCGCUCAUUUGACUACGAGCAAAUCAAAGAGCUGACAUUUAUUGUCAGAGCACAGGAUGGAGGCUCCCCUCCCCUCAGCAGCAACGUAAGCGUUCGCAUCCUCAUCCAGGACCAGAACGACAAUGCCCCUCAGGUGUUGUACCCGGUGCAGACGGGCGGCUCACUGCUGGCCGAAAUGGUGCCUCGUUCAGCAGACGUGGGCUAUCUGGUGACCAAAGUGGUGGCCGUGGACGUGGACUCUGGCCAGAACGCCUGGCUCUCCUAUCAAGUGCACAAGGCCACAGACAGGGCGCUGUUUGAAGUGGGCCUCCACAAUGGAGAAAUCCGAACUGUCCGCCAAGUGACUGAUAAAGAUGCUGUCAAACAAAGACUGACUGUUGUGGUGGAGGACAACGGGCAGCCCUCUCGUUCAGCCACAGUCAUUGUGAACGUGGCGGUGGCCGACAGCUUCCCUGAGGUGCUCUCAGAGUUCACUGACUUGAGCAUGCACGAUAAGGAGUACAAUGACAAGCUGACUUUUUACUUGGUCUUGGCGCUGGCUGUGGUCUCCUUCCUGUUCGUCACCUGCUUGCUGCUCAUAAUAGCAGUCAAAGUGUACAGGUGGAGACAGUCACGCGUCCUGUACCACUCCAACUUGCCCGUCAUUCCGUAUUAUCCGCCUCGGUACUCGGAUACUUUGGGAACUGGGACCCUCCCGCACGUGUACAAUUACGAGGUGUGCAGGACCACCGACUCUAGAAAAAGUGACAUGAAGAACAUGCAAGCCAUGAGUCAAAGUUUAGUGAGUGUGGAUGAUGCUGAUGGGCCGCCUGCAAACAAAGAGCUGUCAGGACACUUUUCUCAUAUGUCAACAAUGUUCAACAGCUAA